GGAAACAUCGUUUGUUCGAAGAAAGCCUGCCCUGUUUUGCCUUGCCCUGAAUCAAAAUAUGUAACCAAACCUGGAGAAUGCUGUCCGCGUUGCAGAGGUAGCCGUAAAAUCUACGACUUCAAUGGAAGAUGUCUAGUCGGAAUGACUGAAAUUAAACAUGGGCAGAAUAUUAUGCUAGAUCAUUGCACUCACUGCACGUGCAACAACUCCACCACAAUUUGCCAGAGGACAGUUUGCCCUCCGGUUCACUGUCCACCUGAAUUUCAAGAGCUGUUACCGAACCUUUGUUGUUACAAGUGUCGUGACCCAGAAGAGACUAAAGCAGUGUGCAUGAUUGAAGGUCGAGUAUACCAGGAUGGUGAAAGUUGGAAGAAAGAACGAUGCACUUUGUGUUCUUGCAGUGACGGUGAGAUAACGUGCGAAGUGAUACAGUGUUCGGAAAAGUCCUGCCCCAAGCGGCACAAACUUAAACUAAUACCAGGAGACUGCUGUGCGACAUGUGUAGAAGACGAUGGAGUGUGUUCUGUGUUCGGUGAUCCACAUUACCGAACGUUCGACGGACGAAUUUUCAACUACCAGGGUUCUUGUAAGUACCUCCUGGCCAAAGAUUGUAAGGGAAAUAAAAGCUUCGCUAUCCAGGUCAUUAACGACCCUCGACACUCAAAGACAUUCUCUUGGACGAAAGUUGUGAAAAUGAAAAUAGGUCAAAGCAAAAUCCGAAUGGCUCGAUUUAUGAAGGUGAAGGUCAACAAGAGAAAAGUACAACUUCCGUAUGUUAAACUGGGAUCGUUCUCCGUAGUUCAGGAAGGUUACAGCAUAGUUGCAAGAACUAAUCUUGGGGUCAAAGUCAUGUGGGACGGAGGUAGUUUUGUAGAGGUCUCUAUACCUCCAAAGUUUAAGAACCAGAUGUGUGGACUUUGUGGAAACUACAACGACGAUUCAAAGGAUGAUUUCAUUACAAGAAAAGGGGAUAUAAUAACGGAUGUGGAAACAUUUGGGAACGAAUGGAAAAGGGGUAGCACGCGGCGAUGUAAACCAAUCUUUUCAACAAAAGCACAAGAGUCAUCAUGCAAACACAGCUGGGAAUCACAGAUUCGUGGAAUUCGAGAAUGUAACGUUCUAAAGGUUGCCACCGUGUUUAUUGAGUGUCACGCUAAAGUGGAUCCCAUGCCUUAUUACCAAUCCUGCCUUAUCGAUAUGUGUGAGUGCCCUCUUGCGGAGAAAUGUUAUUGUGAAGCUCUUCAGGCUUAUGCAAGAGAAUGUGAACGGGCCGGAACCAUCCUUGAUUGGCGGAAGGAUACAGGCUGUGAAAAUGCACAUUGUCCAAAAGGCGCCGUGUUUACAACAUGUGGUUCCCCGUGUAAACAAACCUGUCGGAACUACAGACGGAACAAGCCCUGUAGGAGGCGCUGCAGACCUGGUUGUAAUUGUCCUGUGGGGACUGUUUUGUCCAAGAAUCGUUGCAUUUCGACUGAUAAAUGCCGUUCUUAAUAUCUCGAGAAGACUGCUUUUAAUUAAUUGAAAGUAAAAUGGUUUUGAUCUCUGUUGAUUUCUGCUAUAGGUGACAUUAGCAUCCAGUUAUUCCAUCCGCUGAAACAAAAGGAUUUUCAUCCACAUCUGUUCACUAGAUAAAACAACUUCAGGACAGUGACAGUAAAAGGAUGAGUCAUCAAUGCUUAGAACGAAGUAAACAUUACGCUUUAAUGAUUCAUGUGAUGAUCAGUCAUUAGAGCUAUUUUGUAUGUGUGCAAACAGCUUUGCUCCAAAACGCCUGCAUAGUAACUGUUCAUAAUCUCAAUGACUGCCUGUGGACGGUGGUCGGCGGCGGAUCCCCCCUUCCCCGUCGUUCGCUAACUUUGUUUCAGUGGUAUGGUGUCUUGAAAAUAUUCGAACAUUUUUUCACUGCAGAUUUACUAAAGAGUUCUAAAAUGAAAUGCAAUGGAUGAGAACUUGUGAUUUUCUAUCUUCAAAAGUAUCUAAAAUUCUGUGUGAUUCGAACAAAACAACCACAGGAAGUCUAGGUGUUGUACUUGUCUUAUACGUAUUUUGUUGUAUGUGUUAACAAACGGGAUUUUUCACCUAAUAAGGGCAACUGCUUAUUUCGAUCCUGUAAUAAUCUACCAUUACAUACAUGUCAAAGUUAACUUUCUUAUCCACAAAACGGUUUUAUUACAAAAAAUCGGCACCACCGCUACUCGUUGUGAUUCCAACACCAACAUGUUGUGAAUUGAAAAACAAGAAAAUAAUCAUAUCCCGAAUUUUAAGGAAAUUGAAAACUGCGUCUUGACAAUGGAAUUGCAGAAGUGAAUAUGGCUCGAAACAAUACAAAAAUUAACUUGUUUGUAUAUAGAUAUCUAUUUAUAAUUUUUUACUAUGCAACAUAUAUUGACAUAGCUUUACUUACUCUAUUGUGAAAGAAGAAAUCGACCAUCUUUUUUUUCUGUUUUUUUUUUUUAAGUACGCAAAGGAUCGACUAAUGUCUUUUUGUGAAAUUAUUGCUCAGGUUAUGCAUGUUAAAAUCUAUAUGGUAAAUCAAGUCCUAAAUCUGUGGAAAUAUGCUGUUUCAACUCUCCAAAAUGUUUUCUAACUCUUUGCCUCUUUUGUUUGUAUAAUAUACGAUUUUUAUUACUUUUCCAACUUACUGUCGCAUUACGAGACUUUACAUUUACAGUUAUAAUAACAUCUGGUAUAGACUGACAUUCUAACUGUGUCACAUUAGGGCAUUUGAAUAUAUAUAUAUAUUAGUUAUUUGUUUCUUUCUUAUUGUGGAUACAGGUGUUACUUCAUUGUAUAAUAUCAAGUUGAUUCAAUUGAUUUACGGCAUCGCAACAGAUAAGGUAAUACAAGUUCCUAUUAAGGAAUUAUUCGAUGGCAUACAAUGUUCAGAUAUUGUGGUUUUUAGUACCAGUUUCCUGAACUUAGUCAUUGAGCUUUCCGGCCAAUUAUUCUGCGAAAAUAGUAGACUUAAAUAAAACAUCUCAACGAUGGGUGUUUUUUGUCGGAGAUCGUGACAUUGCUUCGGUAAAUACUGUUUUUAUCAUGUUUAUUGCUAGUUAAUUGUUUUCUUUUUUUAACUUUAAAUUAGCCACUGAUGUAAAUUAUUUCAUCCAGGACGUUACAGUUGUACCUCCCUAAUAGAUUAGUUAGAAAACGAAAGUAGCCUUUGGCAGAUAAAUUAUGAGGUCUUCAUAGUCUUCAAAUUUGGUUUAACCCAGAGUAGUGUUUACGUUCUGCCAGGUAUCUUGGAAUCUGAGAUCCAAAACCUGUUUGGGAUUUAUUUUUUAAUCUAAAGGCGGGAACAGUAUAAGUUUAUGACUGCCUUGGUUACAUUGCGAAUUCAUAUUUGACUGACGUAGUCAUCUACAUUAAUCAACUCCAAUCUCAUCCUAAAUAAGAUCCUCAGAAACGUUUAAAUUGUUGUCUUCGAAACCUCAAAAUCCCCCACCCCACUCUGCAACGGGAAUCCAAUACCUUAUUUCUUCUUCUAGAAAUGAAUCAUUAUGCCAGAAAGUAAGGGUUAUGAUGACAGUUUGUGUCUUCACUUUGGUAAGGGUUAUGAUGACAGUUUGUGUCUUCACUUUGAAGGUUCAACUUACGUUAUUUAAUUAAACAUUUGCUUCUCUUGUAAUUAUUUAGCGAUUUUUUCCAGCAACCAAGACACAUAAUAACAAUAAAUAUUAUUAAAGUUGUUUAAAAUAAGAAAUAACUGAGUUACAUUUAACGGUGCAUAUUUACAAAUUCUUUAACCUGUAAUAAACAGAUCCAUCUAAACAUUCUAACGUUAUGUAUACAAAUGGGGACAACAUCUAGACACAGCUUUACAGGACUACUGUAUGUAGUGAGUCACAUGAAGAUAAUACCGCACUUCAUGCUUUAGUGCUGAACUCUGCUUUACAAGAAGGGUUUACUGUUUACGUUAAAGUUAAGUAAAAGUUUUGCCUUUGUUUUUACUAAAAGUAGAUGUUGUGAGAUAACAGUUAAAACUGAGUGUAUAUGUGUAUCUUGAUAUACAGUUCUGUAUAUUUAAGCUGAGACCUCUGUUUUUAAAGCUGUAAUUAGAAAAUAGUCACAAGAGAAAUGUGUUAUCGGCAGGGAUGUUUCUGAAAAUUCUGUACUUCUCAUUUUUAUGAUCAGUAAAGUU